UCAGACAAGGAUAUCAUCCUUCUAGACUGUUCUCUAUCUAUAAUUAAUGCACCCGUCCCAGACCCUCCCUGCCUGAACACGUCAUACUGAACUGAAACAAAAUGAAGGUGAAGUGACUUUUGUUGUUGUUGUUAUAUUAUUCAUUUCCCGCGACAGUGGGGUGAUAUUUAAAGGGACUACCAUAGGGAUGGCACCGCUGGAGGGAUGUGGUAGUCUGGAGAACUCCGGGGCAUUAAUGUGGACCAUUCGGAUUUACCCAUCGGCGCUGCCGCCACCAUGGCCCACGAGAUCGGACAUAAUUUUGGGAUGAGCCACGACCACGAGGGCUGCUGUUUGGAGGCGACUGCGGAACAAGGGGGCUGCGUGAUGGCUGCUGCCACCGGGCAUCCAUUUCCCCGGGUGUUCAGUCGCUGCAGUAAGCUGGACCUGGACAACUACUUCCAGAAGGGAGGCGGGAUGUGCCUCUUCAACAUGCCCGACAUGAAGGACCUGGUCGGGGGCAAGAGGUGCGGCAACGGCUUUGUGGAGGACGGAGAAGAGUGCGACUGCGGAGAGCCAGAGGAGUGCAGUAAUGGACUGCUGCAACGCCAACAACUGCAGUCUGAAGGCAGAGGCUCAGGCGCCACGGGGUGUGUUGCGACGGCUGUAAG